AGACAUUAUAUUAAAAGAAAAACAACUAAUUCGGACAGAGUCAGCAUCCUGACUGAAGCCACAUCCUCCUCUUAGUGAACACAUGGCACGCCACACUACGAUACCCAGACUGUCUCUUCUCCAGACGUGGAUCGAUGACUGACAACUUCUUGAAACCCCGUAGACGAGUUGAGCGUCAUCGGGCUUUUUGUUCAGUCUCCUUCGGGUUUUUAUCUAUAAGCGAGGGGAGACAGCAUCAUUCAAAAACCUCGCGAAAGUGAAAGAGGUGGAGAGCGAGAGAGUGAUAGAGAGAUAGAGAGAGAGAGAGGUCGACAGACAGACAUACGGACAGAGAUCUACUGCAGGAUAUUUUGACACUAUGGUUACUGGCAGCAGAUAUCAAUCUUGAUUUCUGAAUGUCAGGCUGUUUCCACGCCAGCGAGUGAGAUCUGCUGCGCUGUUUGGCAACUAAUUGAAGCUGAUCAACUUCGGACAAACAUCCAGUGGCUCCAUGUGAUUUCAGUGCUUCUGGACAGCAGGAGUUUCCAUCUGUGAGUAACCGGUUCCUGUAGCUUGCAGAUGGGUUCUGGGUCUGCACCUGCAAGCAUGGCCGUCGUAACCAACAGCACAUGUGACACCCUGUAUGACCACAGGAAAUACGCCCGGGUCCUCAUACCUAUUUUCUACUGUGUUGUUUUCACUGUUGGGUUGCUUGGUAACGCCCUUGCCCUCCAUGUUAUCCGGAUAAACCUGAAGAAAAUAAACUCCACCACAUUGUACUCGCUCAACCUAGUCAUCUCUGACAUCCUCUUCACUCUCUCUUUGCCUCUGAGGAUCAUGUACUAUGCCCAGGGUUUCCACUGGUCUCUAGGUGAGGCGCUCUGUAAGAUAUCAGGCUUUCUGUUCUACAUCAACACCUAUGCAGGGGUCAAUUUCAUGACUUGCCUCAGUGUGGACCGCUUCAUCGCCGUGGUCUUGCCUCUUCGCUUCGCUAAAUUCAGGAAAGUCAGUAACGUCCGCUACAUCUGUCUUGGCGUGUGGAUGUUGGUUCUGGCGCAGACCGUCCCCCUACUAGGAAUGGACAUGACAAAUAGGGAGCCUCAAAACUUCACCACCUGUAUGGAAUACCCCAACUUUGAAAAAGUGGAUAACAUUUCAACCAUCCUGAUUGGUGCAGUCUUUUUGGGCUAUAUCAUCCCUGUGGUCACCAUACUGGUCUGCUACUCCUUCUUAAGCUCCAAGCUGCAUCUCUCCGCCAAGAACAACCACCUGACAGAAAAAUACGGCCGCAGUCGCAAGGCCAUCGGCGUGAUCUGCUGCGUGUCUGUGGUGUUCGUUAUCUGCUACAGCCCCUACCACAUUGACAUCUUUCAGUACAUGAUCCGCAAGCUGGUAUCCAACCCCGACUGUGCGGACCUCACGGCCUUUCAAGUGUCGCUGCACAUCACGGUCUGUCUGAUGAACUUAAACUCCUGCUUGGAUCCGUUCAUUUACUUUUUCGCCUGCAGGGGAUACAAAAGAAAACUUCUGAAGCUGCUGAAGAGGCAGGUCAGCAUUUCCUUUUCCAGUGCAGCCAGGACGUCGCCCGAAGGUUCCUCAAAGGACUUCAUCGACGGGCACAAGAUGCAACACAACAGCGAGAGGCUCAUGGAAAGGAAAUCGCAUGAGCAUGACCAAAGUAGGGAACCAAGGCAAAAUGACGGGACCUACAGAAUCUCUUUCCACAUGAACAGUACCUAAAAUAUACCACUGAAGGACAACAGGAGGCUUCCGAACCAAUGUGAGGCACAUUCUUUUGUACAUUUUUCAAGAGCAAUUACUGUGUGUUAAUUUAAAACAGAAUGGAAGAUAUUACUCAUUACUUAAACCAGCAUAAAUAUUUUUACAUCCAUGUAAAGAAAGGAGGUCACUCCCCCACCUCCCUUGAAUAAAAACUAAUUAGUGUGGAGUGAGUAUGAAAUAUACUCUAUCUAUACUGUGUUUUCCUAUGAAAUUAGGGAUUAAUUUGACAAAUAGCAAACAAACCAAUCAGCAACUGAGGCCAAUUGCAUAUCUAAAUGCAGUGAAAACAUUCAAACCAAGCAGCAGAACAGGAAGCAAAACUGUAUUUAAGUUACUUUGAAAGUGGCAUGGUUUUGGUGUGAGACUGGCUCAUCUGGGUAUUUUCAGGAACUACUGAUCUAAUGGGAUUUUCACUCACAGGGCUCUGUCUGUGGUUCACAGAAAUUAAUCCAAAAAAACAGAAAACAACCAGUGAGAGACUGUUUAGUGGGUGGAAGUGGGGUGUUGAUGUCAGAGGAAAAUGGCAGACUGGUUUAAGAUAUCAGGAGAGCAACAGCAGCUCAGAGUGGAAAUUUGUUCUGAGUGCCAACAUGCUAUGGAAAACCCCACCGGGUGCCACUCCUCACAACUAAUAACAGGAAGAUAAAGCCACAAUUCAAAACACUUAGCCAACAUUGAGAUUUUGGAUGCUCAGAGGUAGAUUUUUGCCAAUAAAAUCAUGACACCACAGAUACAACAAAUGUAUUUGUAUUAUUGCUAAAAUGCUACAGUGCACCCAAGUAUUGGUUGUCCACUCCUCUAUGACCAACGUGUACCCAUGGUGCUUGAUCCAUAUCACAAAGCUCUGAUCACCUCAAAGUUUCUUGAACUUUGAGAUGAUUUUAAAAUGUGUUCACUAUAAUCCAGCGAUCUCCAUAGUCACCAGAUCGCUUUUUUCCCCUUAGGACUAACCCUACAUUCAUAAAGAGAACAAGGCCUUAUAAGUUUUCAAUAAUUAUUUAUAUUGCUGUUGUCUCUGCCUCAUAUAGCUUACUCUGCCUUGAGAGGAAAAUGAAGGGUAUACAUGGCAAUGCAUAAAAAUAUGAAGUAUUGAGGGGAAAAAAAUUGUAAUUAUGAUUUUUGUGACUGAUGCGCUCAAACAGUGUUUUUCUUUCUGUUCCCGAUGGCCACUAAUCAACAGGUGCAUAGAGCUUAGUUCACCAGGCCACUUUUGGACAGCUUUUACAUUUUAUUAGAACAAAAUAUUAUUUUUAAAAUUCUUUUUUAUGCAUAACCCUCACAGUCAUCACCGUAAAUGUCACAGAUUAUAACUUGUUCUUACCCGAAUCAUGAACUGAUAAGGAUUCCUCCGACAGAUUCUGAGAUGGUGCCUCUGAGCAGCAACAUGUCGUUCCUUCAAGCAUUUUGUUUUUUUUCAGACUUUGUAACAUUUUGAUGGGUUGGAUUAAUAAAACAGAAUGAUUUCACAGAGGAGUGCAACGUGUUCAUUCCUCUGAACACGUUACAGAGGAACCAACAGGAACACCAGUUGGAACACCUGAAAAACCAAGAAAGAGAUAUUUGUUAUUUAAGUUAAAUGUUCUGUUUUAUCCGUUUUAUUUUUUUUUUGUACAUAAAUAAAAAUGCUGUGUGUAGUAAUCUGUAUGGAUAAUAUUUCCAAGAUAUGUUAGUGUUAUAUUUGAUAUUUACUGCAAUAAAGGGAAGUUGUCCUAAAGUG